UCGCAAAAUAAUCUGUUACAACUACUAAGAUCUCAUAUCGAAGAAGAAUUUAAUAAUAUUCCUAGGAAAAAAAAAACUACCAAAUCUCUCUAACAUACAUUUCCUCUGUUUUCGCCUCCAAAUAAAACAAACAAAUAAAAACAGAGCAAACUCUCUCUCUUCCUCAAGCUAUACUGAUCGGCGAUGAUGGCGAAGUGUCACCGGAACAAUGUCAAUCCUCUCAUCCUCCACCGCAUUCCAUCCGCUUCUUCUUCCUCCUCCUCAUCUGUUAACACUUUCUCCGGAUCGUCAUUCCGUAGAAUCAUCUUCGACGCCCUUAGCUGCGGCGGUAGCUCUCGUUACCAACGUGAACUCCGAGGAGAAGAAGAAGAAGACCCUUCGAAAUCGACAACGAUCGGAGAAGAUAUAGCAAAGAAAACAGAGAAGCUCUGCGAUCUGUUGAACUUAGCAGUGAUUGAGAGUGGUGUCGAGACAAAGAAGAAGGAAGAAACGUUAGAGGUUCUGAAACGUGUUGUUAAAGAUUUACAAGCUGCGGAGGCAGAGGCGGAGAAGAAAGUAGCGGCGGCGAGUGAGGUUAGGUUGUUAGCAAAAGAUGAUAGUGAAGUGAGAGGGACACUUGCUAUGCUCGGUGCGAUUCCUCCUUUGGUUAGUAUGAUCGACGAUGAUUCACUAAUCGAAGAUGCUCAAGUGGCUUCGCUUUACUCUCUUCUAAAUCUUGGAAUCGGCAAUGAUGUGAACAAAGCAGCCAUUGUUAAAGCAGGUGCUGUUCACAAAAUGUUGAAGAUAAUUGAGUCGUCUAAGCCACGGAAUCAAGCGGUUUUCGAGGCUAUUGUCGCUAAUUUCCUAGGGUUACAAGGGGGUAUGGAGAUCGGAGAGCGAUGAUUGAAGCGGGUAUUGAAUCUUCAUUGCUUGAACUAACACUUGUAGGUAGCCCAUUGGCGCAAAAGCGAGCCUCAAGGGUACUAGAGUGUUUGAGAGUGGUGGACAAAGGGAAGCAAGUCUCAGCUCCAAUCUAUGGAAUAUCUUCUUCUUCGUCUUCAUUGGGUAGAGAGAGAGGUCAUGAGAUUAAGAUGAGUGAUGAGAGAAAAGCAGUGAAGCAGUUGGUGCAACAGAGUUUACAGAGCAACAUGAUGAGGAUUGUGAAGAGAGCUCGUUUACCUCAUGACUUUGUUACUUCACAACAUUUCUCAAAGAGUUUAACUUUUUGAAUCCAAAAACAAAAAGAAAAAUGUGUAAUCUAUUAACCGAAUCAUCGUUAAUCAUUGUCCAAUAAA